GAGGCACCCGGGGUGGCUGGGGCCGGGGCGCGGCGGGGCCGCCGGGUUGCCUGGCGCUGUUUGUUUGCGGCGCGCGCGUCGCUCCGUCCGCUGCGCGGCACGGCUAGAGAGGCGGGUGGACCCGUCGGGCUUGCGCCGGGCCGCGGUCCUCCGUGACCGCAGAGUCGUCGUCGUCGUAGUCGCCGCCGUGAGCAGGACUGCCUCGCGCUUAGGGACUGGGAUCAGGUCCCGACUUCCUUGGGCCGCCGUGUCCUUGCCAAAAGGCUGGAGCCUGAGUCCUCAGCCCCUGGCCAUCGCCCACCUAGCAGCUUCCCCCCCUUUCUCUUCUCGAGAAGUUAAUUUAACAAUAACAAAAAUACGUACAAAAUCCAGAUGUUCCUCGCGCUGAGCCCCAAACGGAGAGAGAGAGAGAAAGAGAGAAAUCCUCCAAGCUGGAGGAAUUUAUUUUUCUUGCGCUUUGCUUCUGACUCUGUGGCCCGGGCCCCGGCCCGCGGGAGCGCGUCCAUGGAACCUGGCCGGGAGCGCAGGGCCCGGCCGGGGCGUCCCGCGGUGUCAUUGCCCGUGCUCGCGUGUCUCUGCAGCAGCGCUUUGCGGGGCUGUCGGCGCGUCUCUCUCUUCCUUUCUUUCCCUUCCUUCUUCCCUUCUCCUCUGAGGUCUGGGAUGCCCAGUCCUGCGACCUUUACAGGGACCCUCGCUGCGCUUUGGGCGCGCUGAGGUGCAGGGUGGCGCCGUGCGAGGCAGCGCCCCGGGCCUCCCCGCCACCCUCCAGCCUCCUACCCCGAGCGCCGCCGCUGGGAGCCCUGGCUGGCCUUCGGAUCCCAGCCCCCGACCUGGACGCCCUGGGCCGCUCCCUCGGCCGGGCCGCCGCCCUCCGCCGGUCACCUGUUCCCGGCCCUCUGGCCUGAGCGCCAGCGCGCGGCGGGCUGGCCGGCAGAGGGCCCCGUUGGUCCAGGAAUCUGGCACCCGCCCGGGCAGGGAGAGGCCGCCUGGGCCGAGGAGCCCUGCAGGUGUAUCCUGUUCUCAAAGAAAAUAAAAUAUUUUCAUGGGAAACUUUCCCUUUGUGUUUUUCUUUCUCUCCCUUUCUUCUCUCUGUUCCUUUCUUCUGGGUCGUCUUCCAGGGUCAGCCCGGUGUCUCAGUUCCCUGGGGCCCCCACCCGCAGCCCUCUCCUGGCUCCAACUGUGGGUACGGCCCUGGGCCUGGGCUGGCACGCCACUGCACGCCAUCUGUGCAACCCGUAGCCUCACCCGGGAGGGCAGGAGGGAGGGCCACAGGUCCGCGGUGACUCACCGUGGCCUUGUCAGCCAGCUGUGCUUCCCUGCUCUCCGGCCCAGCGGAGGCUCUGCUUCUUGGGCUCGGGACACACCCUGGGCUUGUCCAGGCUGCAGCGGCUUUGUCCCUGCUGUGAUCCGAUUCCUGGAGACGGGGUGGCGCUGGGUCUUGGCCUCUCCUUCUCUGACCUAUCUCUGGGCUUUGUGCUCUAGAGAAGGUCAAGGGGCUCUGCUGCUUUGUGUGCGUGUGUUUCAGCUCUCUUGCAGACAGUAAGUCCAGGCUGGUGCCAGGCGCAUAGCAAGGACUUAAGUGCUGUUGUGGCUUCUCUGGCCAGGCCCCCUUGGCCCUGCUUCUUGGCUCCAAAGGACCCAUCAAGGGAGAAUUCCUGAGUCCUGUCUGAGGGCAGCUCUCCAUGUAGCUGCCCUGUGGGAAGUCCAGAGGGCAAGCGUGCUGCCUUUGGGGACAGCUGGCGUUGCAGAGGGCAGCUAGGACUCUGUUUGACUGAUGGAGAAUGAGCACCUUCCUGAACCAGGGGCUGGGGGGCAUCCUGGGUCAGGGCAGGCCAGGUUCCAUCUGGGCUGCUGGAGGCCUUGGGCCCCCUUUAAGUCAGUUCCCAAGGUUGGGCUGGGGAGGGGAAGCAGGGCACAGAGGGCUCCAGGCUGGGUUGUGUGGAGGCCUCUCCUGCUGUGGCUCCUGGCCCAGCAAAGGCAGGGGAUGGCCCAGGGCAUUAAAGGCCAGGCGGGGCUGGAGCUGGAGGGGGGCUGGGGUGGCCCUUCCCAGCUCCAGUCCAGGAAGCAGGGAGAAGGGGCUGGGAUCUAGGGCCGUUUUCUCCCUUCCCCCUCUCGAAAGCUCUGCCUGGCACGGAGGCUCCCGGGCAGGAACACGGCUCCAGUUACAGCCCAGGAACCCGGAGAGGAGAGGCUGGCCUGGGGGAGGGUCACGUGGACCCACAGGAGCCCUCCCUGCCUGCUCCCUGAGCUGCAACCCAACCCUGGCUGGCGCCUGCUGCCCUCCUAGAGGCCUCUGGCCACCAGGCUGGACCCCCUGUGGGGAAGAGGCUCCCCCUUGGCCUGGCCCUGCACCUUGGCCUGGCUAGCAGGUGGCAUCUCCAUCUGGUUCUCCCAUGGCUGUGUCCAUGUGCCUCCUCGCUGGCCUGGCCCCAAGCCCUUCUAGACAGAGGGGUAAGCAGGGAGGCCAGCCCGAGGUCAUAGGGAGGGCUUGGGGUACAGACUCAGACCCUCUCCCCAAGGUUAUAGCAAGAGGGUGGGCCUGGUGGUGGUCUGAGGACAUGGUUUGUCCUCCAUUGGGAGGCCCCUCUCGCUUCGCCCUUGCUGGGUUGUGGUUUCAGCUGAGAUGGUAGAUCCGGAUUAGACGCCGGGGCUGCUUCUCUGCUGGGCCCAGACCCUCUGGAUGUGGAGUCAGGGCUGGGCCUGGGUCUGGGGGCUGUUCCUGCCCAGCGGGGCUUGGACCCCAACCCCUGGCUGCUAGGCUGCCUGGCUCCCUGGCACCUUGCAGCCCUUUCCUUAGGGGUCCUGGACUGGCUCGGGAUGGUCUGAGGCUUCCCACUGGAGUUCUUUUUUAAAGACCCUGAGGCUGUUUUGUGGUGGUGGCCCUUGCAGUUUACAUCACUCAGGAAACAUUUGCAGGUUACUUUGGGGGGGCACGAUGGUGGGAGGCCAGGCCCUGCCAAUUUGCCCCCUUCUCUGGGCCUCAGUAGCCUGGAGGCCUGCCUGGAAGAGGCAUAACCAAGGCUGGCACUGAGGGAUUGUUGAGGUGCCCCCGGCUGUGGCCCCAGAGCCAGCCAUCGGGGCUGGAAAGGUGCUUGGAACUGGUCCAGAAGCCAGGCUGGAGGGAGUGACCACUGUGAAUUGGGGGCCUGGUGGGCCUCAGGGCUGGCUGAGGCUUUUUGUUAUUGGCCGUAACUCACGUCCUGUAAAAUCCACUCUUUUAAUGUAUACAGCCCCGUGAUUUUGAGUACCUCAUUUGCCAGGCCAUGCAGCUCUCACCACUGUUUAAUUCCAGAACAUUUUCCUCACCCCAGAAACCUCAUACGCAUUAGGCAGUCGCUGCCCGUUCCCCUCCCCCAGUCCCUGGCAACCACUCGUCUGCGUUCUUUCUCCACGGGUCUGCCUGUCCUGGACGUUUCCUAGAAAUGGAAUCCUAUGCCGUGUGGCCUCCGCGCCUGGCUUCUCUCACUCAGCAUCACCGUUGUAGCACGCGUCAGUAUUGCCUUCUUUCUUACGACUGAGUUAGACUCGACUGGAAGACUCUCCGAGAGAUUUUUUGACCAUUCAUCAGUUGACGGACAUCUGGAUCGCUUCCACUGUUUGGCUAUCAUGGAUAAUGUUGCUGUGAGCAUCGGCUGACAGGCAGCGAGCCCCUGACCAUCCUCCCGCUGACCCUGGAGCCAGAGGCGGCCGCCCAGGCGCACUACAAGGCCUGCGACCGGCUGAAGCUGGAGCGGAAGCAGCGACGCAUGUGCCGCCGGGACCCGGGCGUGGCAGAGACGCUGGUGGAGGCCGUGAGCAUGAGUGCGCUCGAGUGCCAGUUCCAGUUCCGCUUUGAGCGCUGGAACUGCACGCUGGAGGGCCGCUACCGGGCCAGCCUGCUCAAGCGAGGCUUCAAGGAGACUGCCUUCCUCUAUGCCAUCUCCUCGGCUGGCCUGACGCACGCACUGGCCAAGGCAUGCAGCGCGGGCCGCAUGGAGCGCUGUACCUGCGAUGAGGCGCCCGACCUGGAGAACCGUGAGGCCUGGCAGUGGGGGGGCUGCGGAGACAACCUUAAGUACAGCAGCAAGUUCGUCAAGGAAUUCCUGGGCAGACGGUCAAGCAAGGAUCUGCGAGCCCGUGUGGACUUCCACAACAACCUCGUGGGUGUGAAGGUGAUCAAGGCUGGGGUGGAGACCACCUGCAAGUGCCAUGGCGUGUCAGGCUCAUGCACGGUGCGGACCUGCUGGCGGCAGUUGGCGCCUUUCCAUGAGGUGGGCAAGCAUCUGAAGCACAAGUAUGAGACGGCACUCAAGGUGGGCAGCACCACCAAUGAAGCUGCCGGCGAGGCAGGUGCCAUCUCCCCACCACGGGGCCGUGCCUCGGGGGCAGGCGGCAGCGACCCGCUGCCCCGCACUCCAGAGCUGGUGCACCUGGAUGACUCGCCUAGCUUCUGCCUGGCUGGCCGCUUCUCCCCGGGCACCGCUGGCCGUAGGUGCCACCGUGAGAAGAACUGCGAGAGCAUCUGCUGCGGCCGCGGCCAUAACACACAGAGCCGGGUGGUGACAAGGCCCUGCCAGUGCCAGGUGCGUUGGUGCUGCUAUGUGGAGUGCAGGCAGUGCACGCAGCGUGAGGAGGUCUACACCUGCAAGGGCUGAGUUCCCAGGCCCUGCCAGCCCUGCUGCACAGGGUGCAGGCAUUGCACACGGUGUGAAGGGUCUACACCUGCACAGGCUGAGUUCCUGGGCUCGAGCAGCCCAGCUGCGUGGGGUACAGGCAUUGCACACAGUGUGAAUGGGUCUACACCUGCAUGGGCUGAGUCCCUGGGCUCAGACCUAGCAGCGUGGGGUGAGUCCCUGGGCUCAGUCCUAGCUGCAUGGGGUGCAGGCAUUGCACAGAGCAUGAAUGGGCCUACACCUGCCAAGGCUGAAUCCCUGGGCCCAGCCAGCCCUGCUGCACAUGGCGCAGGCAUUGCACACGGUGUGAGGAGUGUACACCUGCAAGGGCUGAGGCCCUGGGCCCAGUCAGCCCUGCUGCUCAGAGUGCAGGCAUUGCACAUGGUGUGAGAAGGUCUACACCUGCAAGGGACGAGUCCCCGGGCCUGGCCAACCCUGCUGUGCAGGGUGAGGGCCAUGCAUGCAGUGUGAGGGGUCUACACCUGCAAGGACUGAGAGGCUUUUCUAGCACGUCGGGGCGUACAGCUGGAGCAGGGUGCCGGGGGUCCUCUGGGUUGGCUGUCCAAGCCCUGUAUCUCCCCCUCUCCAGGACCCAGAGGCGGGGGUUGGCUCUGGUCUGGCGUAUGCAACCUCUCUGCUUGUGCCCUGGGCCUCAGCUUCCUCCCUCUGACCCGAGAGCAUUGCACCAAUGCUUUCUGAGCUUUCUCCCAUCCCUAACACACCAGUCCCUGGGAAGCGGCUCCCCAUGCCAGUCCAUUGGCUUUCCCUCCCCACCUCCUCUGAGGCAUGGGUGGCAGGUGCACCUUGGUGACCAUGCGGCCUCCGUGUGGGCCACCCUUUGGGGACUGGCCUGGCCCAGGCUGCCCCAACACCAGCACUGUCUUCAGAGACUCAAACCACUAGAAGAGGACGCAGCCUGUUCUGCACUCCCAGGGCCCGGCCGUGCGGGUGCCCAGGCUCGGGGGACACUGCCGACCUCUGACGUUGAGCACUUCUCUUUGGAGUAAAUAUCAGUGACUUUUAAAUUAUUAUGAUUAUUUAACUAAUAUAAUAAUUAUUAUUUUCUCCAUCCCUGCCACCUCCCCGGCUGCAGCUCCCCGCUCUCGGCCAAGCCCCAGUCUGGGAGGGCCCUGCCUUCCGUCCCUGACAUAUUCCCUCCUAACCCUGCCUCUGAUCUGCUUAGUUGUUUGAAACCACUAAAUCGAGAUAGAUGUGUGUAGUUAAGGAAAUACAGUGAGCUGCGUCUGGCCACAGCCCUUGGGGCUUCUGGAAGCCAGCUCCCCCAGCCCCAUGCCAGCCAGCCACUGCCACGUGGUGGGCCAGCCGGCGGCCCCUGCCCUGCACCCUGUGGGCAGACGGCCCGGCCUCCAGGCAGCUCAGUGCAGAUUCUCGAACUGGGGGUGGUGGGGAGGGGCGGGCAUGGUGAGGGGGCAGGGCAGCCCUUUGAUUGGUUCAUGUCAUGUCAUGAGGAAGCUGCUUGCUUUGUGUCACUGGGGGACAGAUUGGGACAGAUGCCGGUGGAGGCAGUCUUGGGCUCGCAUCUGGCCAUGGAACGCCGUGCUUUAUGGCCCUGCUGUUGUGUGUGCUGGGGACAGGGUGACCUGCACUGACCUGGCUUGGUUUGAGGGUGUAGUGUGUGUGUGUGUGUGUUGUGAGAGUGUGUGUGCUGGCGUGGUCAGUGUGCAUACGUGUGCUUAUGUUGUGAGUGUUGUGAGUGCGUGUGUGCUGGCGUGGUCAACGUGUGUAAGCGUGUGUUGUAUAAAUGCAUGCUGGCGUGGUCUGUGUGUGUGUGUGUGUGUGUGUGUGUGUAUACUGGCAUGGUCAGCUUGGCCGUGCUGUGCUGUCAGUGGCAUGGCGGUGCCUUAGGUUCCCAGAGCCUCUCGCCCUGGGCUCCGUCUUGUGGGUGUCCUGAUGGCUGUGGGCUGGGUUCUGGGCGGGUUGCUGGUAUGGAUACAGGAACUACUGAGUGAAUAGGUGUCUCAGAGCCCUAAGGGUCUCCAGAAAGCUGGGGUGUCUGUGUUUUUAAAAGAAAACCUAUUUAUGUUGCUGUGGGUCUCCGCCAUCCCUGUGUUAUAGUACAUAAGAACCUUUAUUCUCCUGUGGUUCAGAGAGCACCCCGACAUGUGCCUGCAGCUGCAUCCCCGUACCACAGUGUGGGUGCAAGACGCUGGGUUUGUCCUUUGUCUGGUGAAGCCUGGCUAGAAGGGGUGGGGGUGGUAGCCCCUGCCCUCUGCAGUGUCCGCAUCCGCUGGUCCCUGAGCAGCAUAGCUGGCCACACCCUCAUGACAUGACAAGACUGUCACUCAGUCACUAUUGAGUCUAUGAAGGGCGUCAAGUCAGAGGAAGGUUUUUAUUUUUAAUCAAAUACCACAUUUAGCUCUAUGUCAUAAAUAUUCAGAAAAGUAUUUUUUUAAACAAGGCAGACCAAAAAUGUCUGCUAGCUAGUUGGUUUCUAUACAAAUAUAUAUUCGAAUGUCUUGCUGGAUGAAGAGGCCGCUCAGCCGGAGCCUCCUGUUUCAUGUGCUUCUCUUUUGAGGGGCAGUAGAGGAGAAAGGGCUGUUGGGAGGGGUUCAGCCCGCUCCUUGGCCAGGGGAUCCCAGCCGCCUUCUCUGCACCAGGCCCUGCCUUGAGGGACCUGGACCCCCAGGUGGCUUCUGGCCAGGUGUGGGUGGGUGGGAGGGGCCCUGUCUGUGCUCCGAGUCUCCGUGCGUGCAAUGAUUUCUCUACCUCAUCUGUGUGGCCCGUCCCAGAGGGACUGUGGAGAAUGUAUUUAUUUAACAGCUUUGUGUCACAGAACCAGAAACAAAUGGAAACAUUAAAUAAAUGUAUUUUAAAUUA